UUUAUGAUGCAUACGUAUCAGCCUUCGGUAGCAAUGAAAUGUGAUCGCGGAAUGACAAAUAAAUGUACUAUAUAAAUGUAGCAUGCGUGAUGUAGUGAGUGCCACGAAAGGGUUAAUUUGAUUUCCCAUCCACGGUGUGGUGUACGGAGGUUAGUUAUUGUGGUGCAGAGCCUCUGGACGGCGCGCUGCUGCUCACAAACGCCAACUUCUUUACUUGCUCAUUCACCACUAAACAAAAACAAUGGCGGAGCUAAGGAAGCGUACCGACUUAGAAUUUGACGGUACCCGGUCGUAGAAGCAAUUGAGCGGGAAGAAUUAGCCCAUGGACGGGCAACAGUCAUAUCACGAAAUGGAAAAUCCGACCGAAAACCCCAGCAAGGCGGCGGAAUACCUGAAAGAGCUGAAUAAAAUAAUCGAAACACAACAGGAGUUGUUAGAGACGCAAAAGAUUCGGAUUGAGGAGCUUGAGCAGCAAGUCACCGAUCUUUGCAAAGAAAAUACUUGUUUGAAGGACCAGCACCAGAGACACCUGGCCACCUGCAGACUGCAACAGAGUAACAGCCACCCCACGCUGGGAGCGAUAAAAGAAAAUGUUAUACAGGAAAAGUCGGAGAGUGAAGGCUCCAGGAGUGUCAGACGGCACGCGUCUUUGCCCAUCGACGUCACGGCUAGCCCUGUCCACUUUAUGCCCCGGCCGUGCAGAAGAAGUUACCCCAGUCGCAAAUGGAAGUCGGCAUCGUUUGGUGUGGAAGCCGAUGCCCAGGGAGGUGAGGUGGGCCCGUCUCUGGAGAGCAGUGGUUCCGGCUACGCCUGUGGUCCCGUGACGCACGGUGCGCUGGUCAGCAGCACCAGUGCCCUCAGCGACCGCUUCGAGGCGCCCAUCUACGCCCACAUCCUGCCCGGCCAGCAACGGUCGCGGCGGCCCAAGCUCCAGCACUCGCAGUCCAUCCUGCGCAAACAGGCCGAGGAGGAGGCUAUCAAACGCUCGCGCUCGCUCUCCGAGAGCUAUGAGCUCUCCACCGACCUCCAGGAUAAACAGGUGGAGAUGCUAGAGCGUAAAUAUGGGGGACGUUUCAUAACCCGCCAUGCUGCACGCACCAUACAGACAGCCUUCCGCCAGUAUCAGAUGAACAAGAACUUCGAGCGUCUCCGGAGCUCGAUGUCAGAGAACCGCAUGUCCCGGCGCAUCGUUCUGUCCAACAUGAGGAUGCAGUUCUCCUUCGAGGGGCCCGAGAAAGUGCACAGCUCCUACUUCGAGGGCAAGCAGGUGUCGCUGACCGACGACGGCAGCGGGAGCGGCAAGCUAGGCGCUCUGGUGCAGUCCGAGUGCCGCGACAUGGUGCCGGCCAACAUAAAGUCGCCAUCGUCCGGCGCACAGGCCGACUUUAGCGACGCCAUCACCGAGCUGGAGGACGCCUUCUCGAGGCAGGUCAAGUCACUGGCCGAGUCUAUUGACGACGCGCUCAACUGCCGCAGCCUCCACGGUGAUGACUCGCAGCCCGAGUCCGUACGGGGGCACCCGGAUUUAGACCGAGGUCACUCAGAGGUGGUGGCCUACCAGAGCAAGCCGCUGACGCGCAGCACCAGCUCGGACCACAAGCUGGACGAGAUGACGGCGUCCUACAGCGACGUGACGCUCUACAUCGACGAGGAGGAGCUGUCGCCGCCGCUGCCGCUCUCGCACACCGUGCACACCGCGGCCAUCGAGCGGCCAUCCAGCACGGAGUCGGACCUGCGGCUGCGCUCGUACAACUCCUCGUCGCAGGAGUACUGGUCGCUCGUGCACAAGGAGGACAAGGGCGGCGGCGGGGGGGAGACGGACACCAGCUGCCGCAGCACGCCGUCGCUGGAGUGCCAGGAGCAGCGGCUGCGCGUGGACCACCUGCCGCUGCUGACCAUCGAGCCGCCCAGCGACAGCUCCGUGGAUCUCAGCGACCGCUCCGACCGGAGCUCGCUUAAGCGGCAGAACGCGUACGAGCGCGGCGGGCCCAGCCAGCAGAGCAGCCCCAAGCACGUCUCGCACCCGGGUUCGCACCCGUCCCACCACCGCGACCUGCCCCCCAGGGGCCCGUCGCGGGAUGAUGACAUCAUCAUCGGUGGACCCCAGCCGCCCAUGCCUCGGCAUCGCCCUCGCCAGCUGGAAAGCCACCUGGCCAUCAACGGCACGGCCCACCGGCAGAGCAAGUCUGAGUCGGACUUCUCGGACGGCGACAACGACAGCAUCAACAGCACGUCCAACUCCAAUGACACCAUCAACUGCAGCUCGGAGUCGUCGUCACGCGACAGCCUGCGUGAGCAGACGCUCAGCAAGCAGACUUACCACAAGGAGACGCGCAACAGCUGGGACUCGCCCGCCUUCAGCAACGACAUCAUCCGCAAGCGCCACUACCGCAUCGGCCUCAACCUUUUCAACAAGAAACCGGAGAAAGGUAUACAGUACCUGAUAGAGAGGGGGUUUGUUCCUGACACACCGGUGGGUGUGGCUCACUUCCUGCUGCAGAGGAAGGGGUUGAGCCGACAGAUGAUUGGCGAGUUCCUUGGCAACCGGCAGAAGCAGUUCAACCGAGAUGUCCUAGACUGUGUGGUUGAUGAGAUGGACUUCUCAGCUAUGGAGUUGGACGAAGCCUUACGGAAGUUCCAGGCCCACAUCAGAGUUCAGGGGGAGGCCCAGAAAGUGGAGAGGCUCAUAGAGGCUUACAGCCAGCGGUACUGCAUCUGCAACCCCGGUGUGGUGCGUCAGUUCCGCAACCCCGACACCAUCUUCAUCCUUGCCUUCGCCAUCAUCCUUCUCAACACGGACAUGUACAGCCCCAACGUCAAGCCUGAGAGGAAGAUGAAACUGGAGGACUUUGUCAAGAACCUCAGAGGUGUGGACGAUGGUGAGGACAUCCCGCGUGAGAUGCUGAUCGGCAUCUACGAGCGAAUCCGGAAGCGGGAGCUGAAGACCAAUGAGGACCACGUGUCCCAGGUGCAGAAGGUGGAGAAGCUCAUAGUGGGCAAGAAGCCGAUCGGAUCUCUGCACCAUGGCCUUGGAUGUGUGCUGUCCCAGCCUCACCGCCGACUGGUGUGUUACUGUCGACUGUUCGAGGUGCCCGACCCCAACAAACCACAGAAGCUGGGCCUCCACCAGAGAGAGAUCUUUCUGUUCAACGAUCUGCUAGUGGUCACCAAGAUUUUCCAGAAGAAGAAGAACUCGGUGACGUACAGCUUUAGGCAAUCUUUCUCCCUGUAUGGGAUGCAGGUGCUGCUCUUUGAAAAUCAGUAUUACCCCAACGGCAUCCGGCUCACCUCCGCCAUCCCAGGCGCCGACAUCAAAGUCCUCAUCAACUUCAACGCGCCCAACCCACAGGACCGCAAGAAGUUCACCGACGACCUGAGGGAGUCCAUCGCAGAGGUGCAGGAAAUGGAGAAAUACCGCAUCGAAUCCGAGCUGGAGAAACAGAAGGGCGUGGUGCGGCCCAGCAUGUCGCAGAGCUCCGGCCUGAAGAAGGAGGCGGGCAACGGCAACCUGAGCCGCGCCAGCCUCGACGACAGCUACGCCAUGGGGGAGGGGCUGAAACGGAGCGCGCUCAGUAGCUCGCUGCGUGACCUCUCCGACGCAGGCAAGCGUGGCCGCAGAAGCAGUGCAGGAUCGCUAGACAGCAAUAUGGAAGGCUCCAUCAUUAGCAGUCCGCACAUCCGCCGGAGACCCACGUCCAGCCGUGACUGCCCAUCGCGCAGCAGCGCCCACUCCUCCCUCCCCAACUCCUCCUCCCUGCUGGGCUCCCUUUUCGGCACCAAGCGGGGCAAGUCCCCGCUGCCGCCCCAGCCCCCCGGUCCGGCGCCGGGCCACCCCACGCUCAUCUCGCACACGCCCCACCCGUCCAACCUGCACCACACGGCGCGCGACGUGCCCGUGGGCGUGGUCACGGAGACGCAGGCGCAGAUGCACGCGGCCGCCGCCGCGCACCACGGCCAGUUCUGCCACCUGCAGCAGCAGCAGAACCCGCCGCCGUACCACCACCACCACCACUACCACCCGCCGGCCCACCUGCAGCACACGCCGCAUCAGUACCACCAGCCCCCGCCGCCCUCCUCCGCCUCUGCCCACGGGCACCCCCCGCACCCGCCCUCGCAUCCGCCCCACGGGCACGCGCCCCACCCGCCCCAUCCACCCCACCCGCACCACGCCCCGCACUCCCAGCAUGCACCGCAUCACCACGGCCAGCCGCCAGCCACCGCCCCACCACCGACCUCCACCAAACCCAAGCACAGCGGAAUCAGCACUGUGGUGUAAAGAGAAAGGAAGCCUGCUCCACACACAGAAAUACACACACACACACACACACAUAACUUCAAAGACACACAUACACACACACACAAAUUCCUCUGGGACUGUUCCUGGCAGAGGACAACUGGCAGCAGUUAAGAUGAGCACACACUCGAUGGUGCACACACGUGUGGGUGUGUGUGAGUGAGAGAAAGAGGUUUUCCUGGCUGCUGACCAGAGGAAAAAGAAAAUAGAUGACCCACUGGGAAGUGUUAUUUUUUUUUCCUUUUCUUGCGUGGACACCAAUGACCUCUUGACCAGACUGGAUUUUCUUUCAUCAGGUGCGGCCACCUCGUCGGCGAGGCACAGCUACCUGCGUCAGGACUUUUGUGAAGGCUGUUUCGAGCCCAGCGGGCCCUCCGCCUCCACAGCCCAGCGCCUCAGACUCUGUAGCGUACCGAGCUAAGCUAAUGUGACUGUUUUUCUCCAAACUCUCUCGACGCUCAUCCUCUAGAAGCUGUUUCACUAGUGAAAAUAGACAUCUCGCCUCUCCUUGAUGAACAACUACAAACACCAAUGGUGACGACAACAUUAAAACAAAUACAGCAGCAGCAUGCACAAAGACCAUGGCAACUGUUUCUCUUGUAAUUAAUGACGUAUUGGGGCUUCUUAAAAGCAUUAUCAAAUAUAUUGAGUACUAGUUUUUUUUUUUUUUUCAGAAUCCUUAUUUAAGGGUGAUUUUUAAAACGGUGGCAGUGAAGGGGACAUGACGUGAGAGAAGAUGUUGAAUGAAAAUUGGUUACAAUAUGUAGGUGUUCCAGUGUUUAAUGUAGCUGUAGACCAGAAUUCUCUGUAAUCUCUGUGAGCAGUCAUAAAUGUGCCAACUAUCCAAGCAGUAACUGAUUUAGUUUUAAAAAAAGAGACUUGCUUUGUGUAUAUCGUGCAUAUAGUAUUUUGUAGAAUAAUGAUGAUAAUAUUAUCAACAGUUAUUAUUGUUAUAGAGCAAAAUAUUCAAAUGGCUGGAGCUGAGCUGUAGUGUUAAACCCUUAGAAAGUAAGACACAUAGAUUCCACUACAGUGGAAAUGACAUUCUAGAGUAAGCAGUUCAGUGACCUGGACAAUCCUUGGUUGCCUUAGAAUCACUCUCCACUCUUGGAAUAAUCUAAAAUGAAGGUCUGCUGACCACGUCCCAUCCACCAGUACCACCCAUUUCAGCGUCAGUAGUAUGUCGGGAAAGAAAGCUCACAGACAGGGACAUUGGUGGCUAAGGGCUGGGGAUCCAGUGGGUGAUUGUGUGGGGGGAGGGGAGCAUGUGGUUAAGUCUCCACUUGUUGGUCAGUGACACAGCAGUUUCAGCUGUCUGUGCACCACGGUUUUAUUUUUUUAACCUAUUUUUUUAGAAACAAAUAUAUAAAGAAAAAACAAAUUGAAUACUGUACAUUAAAGAGAUGAUGUAUAUGGUUGAAAGAUGGUGUGAUUUUGGAGGCUAUCUUGGCGAUAGCAUUAGCGUUUAUUUUGCUGAAAAGCGGAGAAGGGUGUGUGGUGGCCCAUGCUUUUGUCCCUUUUUUCUUUUUCCUAUGUGUGUGUGUGAGACCUCAGACAAGGAUGAGAAGCAUGAAGACUGUGCCCCCCUCCCACACACAAACACAUACACCUCCACCAAAAGAAAAAAAUUCAUGACUUUCCUUUACAUUUCAGAUUUUCUAGCCUGAAGUUGACUUUCUCAGCUGGCUGAGUUUGCCCUCCAUGUUCCCUGAAUUCACUGUGUCCCAAGCGAUGUUUUUAGUGCAUCCAAGGAUCACCUCUGUCCAUAGAGCCCCUCUAAUGCCCCUCUGAAUGCCUUUCACUUUGUUGUAGAAAAGAACAGCGAUGUGGUGUACAGUACACUAGACCCAAUAGGGUGUAAAUGUAAUGGUAUUUUCUAAUAGUGUACAGACUGCAUUUCACCUUUUGAAUAUAUUUAAAACAUAAGUAAAGUUGAUGUGGACCUUCUUUUGCAGGUUCUCUCAUUGAGGCUCAUAUAGAGGACUGAUGUCCCUGAUUGCAACUCACAGUGGACUAUAUCUGAUCUUGAUCCUCUGGAGUGCAUCCACGCCUAAGUCGGGCCAGAUUUAGGCCAGAGCAUCAGCUCCCUGGGUAUAGAUAUGGAGUGAUAUUGUUUAUGAACUUAUCAGGUGAUGUGUCACAAACACCACUUGUUUCACCUUAUGAAUUUUCACUUUAUGUAUAGUGAUCCGCGACUAAAAUUAGUCCCCUGGUCAUUUUACCGGGACCAGUUUUAGUGUUUUCCUGAGAUUUUCUUUGAUAUAUCUUAUUUCAUUUUUUUGCUUCUUUUUUUACAGAUUUGUUUGUGCAAUAUGUUUUAUUCUGGUUGGUGUCUGGUGUCUGUUGCUGUUCCUUACCCCAUAACAUGUUUGUCUCAGUGACCUGCGAGGAUCGCUUCCGGUUUUGCAGAACCGGCUCUUCGCAGAAAUGACGAGGAAUGUCAAAGAAAGUACUCUUGCAUGUAACAUUAUAUUGUAAUACUCUUCUCUAAAUAUUGUAUAUUCCCACAACUAUAUCAGUGUUACAGUGGACUAUUGUUGAAAUUGAGUGGUAAUAUUAAAAAGACUAGUAGACUUUCCACCGUUCUGAAGUCUUUGAUUGAGUUGUUCAUUGCAAAUGAGGACACAACUUGGGAUUUUGAUCCUGCUGUAGCACUCACUGAACGAGGUUCUCUUCAUUAGUGUGUUUGUGCCAGCCAGAUUAGUUACAUAGCAAUGACUUUCAUAUCAGUGAAUUGAUGCAGACUUCAGUCAGUCCUGACAAUAUAACAGUCUACUAGAAAUGCACAAGUAUGCAGCAAUCAAAUGGAUUUGUGGUCACCAUAAUUUAUGGCUGACCACACAAAUUAAAUCUUUGCUACUUAACCAGAAUGAAUUAAACUCAUACAGUAGAUCAGGUAUAUCUAAAGGCAUAGUCAGUAAAUUAUGUAGAGUAUCUAGAAUCUCCAAUCAUUUAUGUUUACACAAUCAAUUUGUAAUCCAUGUUGAAUGAAGAAACUGUAAUUAUUAACUAUUAUUAUCAAACAGGAAGUACUCAUGAAAGGAAUUCAAUAGAUUAUGUCUGAAAUAUGUCAUUUUGGGACAAAUAAAGUAUCCUAAAUAUUUGUUGGUUUGAUUUUCUUCAGCGUUCUAACCAAUACUUUCAGGAAAUGUUUUUGUUUAUUUUGUGUGAUAAGGCACACAUGCUGUGGUGUCUUGUACAGUUCAAACCAUAAUUUUCAAAGCUGUGCAUGCAAUUGCUGCCUAUAUCUCUUCUGGGUUAACUGUAAAUUCAAUGAAAUGUAACUUCUAUUUUUUUGUCCUCUCCUCAACCUGUUUUCUGUUUGUAUUUUAUGUUUGUCUGUCAACUUUUUCUUAAGUGUCAUAUGCUUGUUCCUCCAUAUUAGGCAUUAUGUUGCUUUGAGCAUGUAACUCACUCGUUUACUCAUUUGUAAAUUAAGACCAUCGAUGCACUUAUGUAUAUGCGUGAUGAAGACUGUCCUCAUGUAUAUAAGUUGACAAACAUCUCAAGGAAAGGAUACUAAGGUUUCAGGAGGGCCACUGAAAGGGUGGGAAUGUGUUUCAAAAUGUGUGUAUACUGUAUAGUGUGUAAUAUAUUAGUAUUCUAUGUCAACUAUUACAACGGAUCCCCCCCCCUUGAGGACUACUAUCGGCAUAAUGUCUUCUGCAACCAGUUGUACCAAAAUUGUUAUAGGAUCUGCAGUAGCUCUGAAACAACCAGACUGUUACAUAACCACGGCUUCUCCCCACUAUUGUCCUGAAAUACUCCUAUUCUCUCGCCCACAGCUCAUUUUAUAUUUACGACAACAGGGAGGAGAGGAAGACUUUCAUUUUAAUAGGCAUUCUGUUUCUAAAGUAGACAACAAGACCCUGUUGAUGUACCACCUAAAAACUGUGACCAUGUUGAGAAGACUAAAUAAAAAUGAUAUACUGUA